UUGAUUAUUCAGCACAGAGCCAGGAGGGAGACAGACUUCUCGUCAGCCACUGAAGGUAAUAUGAAGAUGAUUCUACUUGUCAUUGUGCUUGCAUUCCAUUGGCCAGUUUUGCGAGCUCUGUUCACUGUGGAAAUGACUAAAACCUUGUAUCUUGCCGAGUUUGGAAACACUGUCAAAAUGGAGUGCAGAUUCCCGACAGGAGGCAGUCUGGACAGUAUAAAUGUGUAUUGGCACCACAUGCUGUCUAAUGGCUCGGAGUAUGAGGUGUAUACGCUGUUAAAUGGGAACCAGGACCUGCAAUCUCAGCACCCUGAAUAUAAAGGGAGAGUCCAUAUGAAGCCAGACCUGCUCAGGAUGGGGCGGGCGGAGCUGGAGAUCUCUAAUGUUAAGAUUUCUGACUCUGGCUCAUACAGGUGCCUCAUCAAAAUGGGGGGGGCUGACUACAAACAGGCCACCCUUAGUGUUAAAGCACCCUACAAGAUAAAAACCCAUGUAAAGGAACUUCAUAAAAAUGCUGAUCAUAAGGAUGCAGAACUGUCUUGUGAAUCUGAAGGAUAUCCCCCAGUCCAGGUGCUCUGGAGGGAUGGGAAUGACCAAGACCUCAGCAAAAAAGCUUCCAGUAAACAUUCUGUCACUGCAGAUCAGCUGUUCCACAUAUCAAGUCUCCUGAUUGUAAAUGUGAGCUCCAACAACACAUACCACUGCAUAUUCUGGAAUGAAACCAUGGAGGAGACUUACAAUGCCAGUCUCAGGAUCCCAGCAGAUAUAAAGACUGUUGAUCCCCCUACUGCAGAUGGCCUCUCUUCAAAUGCAUAUUGGGCAGCAGUGGUUAUCGUGCUUAUGACAAUAGUAACAGCAGGAGUGAUAAUACUAAUGUGGAAGAAAAAAAUUAAAUGUUCCCAACUACGAGCUAUGUUACGGCCGUAUCUUAAUGAAGAGAAUGAAGUGCACAUCAAUGAAGAUGAUGUGAUGGGCAAACUCAACCACUGACAUCCUUGAUACCACAGGCAAAGGGAGCGCUGUUGCUGGAGGGGGAUCCUUCAAGUGGAAAAACCCGCCUGUGCCGGACCCUGGCAUUGAUGUGGGCUGACAGCACUGGCGAAGACACCUUUGGUGCGAGGGAGUGUGAGCUUGUUGUGUUGCUGCAGUGCGAAGGCUCUAUUGGUAACAUUUAUGAAGAGAUGAUAAGGCAGCUGUUACCGGAGAAGAGGUUCAGGGAGGCUGACCUGGAGGCUGUUCAACACUUUAUUGAUUCUUGACGGGUACAGUAAAGGAAAUACAACACUAGAUGAGUCAUUGAGGAGCCUUAUAAAGGAAGGGUAUUCUAUACACAUUCCGGUUACAAGCCUUCCUGAAGGAUGUGAACACAUUGUAGGCUGUUUUGGAUCUGUUCUGAAGCUGCAAAGUGGAAGAGUCGCAGCUGAUGUCUUUCUGUGAAUCUUGCUUUUUGGCCUUUAAGCUAAUAAGAGAAAUCAUGUACAAUUUAUUUCAAAUCACAAGCAUGCUAAAGGCACGUUCGGAUAUCUUCUUAUGAAACAUUCCCUAAAGAUUACUAUAUUUGCACCAUUUGAAUUCUCAAAAGAUCAAAAUACUGUUCUGCACUUUACUUCUGUUAUUCAUUUCAAGCGAAGAUUUUCAUCGGUAACCGAUGCAUGGGUGUUGGAAACACCUACAGGCGUACCAAGUGCUUUUCAAGUGUAACGUAAUGAUUAGGCUGCCCAUUUGCUUGUGCGGUUCCUUUGAGGUGGGUUCAAGAUUUGAAUCAACGUGACAUGGCACAGCCUGUGUUUCUCUUCCGAGGUCAUAUACUAUCCUGUGUAUAGAGUUUUAAUUAGCUAUGUCCUUGACUAAUCCCUUAUAGUAUUUCCACACACAAUAGACAAUCAUUUCCCAUGGUCAUAUUUGUAAGCGAGGAAAAGGAUUGUCACAAACAUUGACUAAAUGGACCAUAAGAAAGCACUUAGUUUUAUAAAACAUUCCAUUUAUAUCACAUACAUGUAUUACUGCCCUUUGAUAAGUUAUGUUAUUAUUUACACUGGGUGACAUAGCUGGAUCUAUGGCCCUAGUUUACUGUUUCAAAUUAAACCAUCACCUUGUGCCUGUUGCCUGUUAACCUGCAUUCUAAAUCAGUAUUAGUGGACAAUACAGAGGAAUACCACAGAGGCAUAAAAUGAGUCUGUUAUAAAUAAUAUAUAAUACAAUAAUACAUUUUAAGAAAAUGGUAUUAAAACUGGUGUAUAAAUAGGGGACUGCCUGUAAUCAGUUUUAUGUCACACUGGAUGUCUUGAGAACUGAUUUGGUCAUUUCUCCUCAUUUGUGACAUAAAACUAAUGGAGCACAAAUAUACCAUGCACCAUAAUUAACCACAUAAUGUAUGAUUAUCGUCUAAAGACGAUACUGCCUAAUGAGGAUUUCAUGGUGUUAUUAUGUUUUUGAAUGUAUUUAUGCUGCCCUCUGGUGAAGACGUCUUGGUAAAGGAGAAGCAGGUCUUAUCAACACCUUGUGGCCAGCUUUAGAGCUGAAGAUAGGAUUCUGUAAGGUGGUAGGUGCUAUCUCAACACCUGACCCGCCCUGACCCUUUACUUGAAAUGGUUCAAUGUAACACAUCCAGACACAUGGUAAUGCUAUUUCUGCUUAUUUAUACUGUAUAUGUUUGUCAUAAAUUCCAGGUGUAGGUAAUACAUUCCAUAAAGCAUUACAGCACAUUUUGUGACUUUGAUAUCAUUCUCCCUACUUUCAGUGGCUGCCUCCUGUGUGUUACAUUUGUUUCAAGUUUAUUUUGCAGUUGAUUUAAAUGUUUACUCACAUACUCAGGGUUAAUCAAUGUGUGCAUUUGGUGACCUGAUUCAGUUUGCACUGUACUGUAAAACUUUUUUACUGACACCUCUGCUAUCUGAACAGGGCACAAGAAGUGUGGUGCUUUUGUGCACAUAGGCAUUAAAUACGGUAACCUACAUGGUAUUUACAGUACAGUGCAAUAUAUAUUUCAAAACACUGGGGUUGUAGUGAGGUUUCUUGAUUGGAAAUGUCAUAUUAACAAUUUUAUUUUAUUAUCCAAACAAAUGUAUUUCACAAAUUAAAAUAAUAAAAGUUUAAUUGUAGAGAUCAUAAUCUGUGCCAUAAUAAAAUUGCCUUGUCUGGUUUUGUUUAUAUUUAAUCUAAUGUCAGUAAUAAACCUUUGGGGGAAAAAAACUAUAAAGACUGUAAAUGAGAUAUGUGAGAAUUAUGGUAUUGCAGAUUUGUUCCUAUAGAUGCUAGCAGCAUAAAUUUCAUUAUGAUAGCAUUGUUCAGAUUAUGUCAGUUCAGACUCUUGGUCUGGAUUAGCAAGUCUACUGUUUGUUGAACUUUGGAAGUUUAAGUUAUUUUGAACUUGUGUGAGACUUUUCCCGAAGUUCCACAAACACAGAUUUUGGUAUGGAUGUUAUAGGGCCUGAAACAGAUCACUCCCAAAGCAGAACAAACAGAACAAACCAGCUGUGUGGAUAAGUGGGACUUGUAUUCGAAGUAGCACUUUGACAUUUAGAAGACAGCUAGACAGUUCAGUAACGAGGAAGUGAAAUUAUGACCCAGCACAUGUGGAUACAAUCAAAAUAAUUGUGAUUGUGGUUUAAAAUGUUUUAAAAACAUGUGACGUACACAGGAGGCAGAAUGUUAUGAAAGUCAAUCAAGUCCAAGGGCAAAGGCACAUUUCACAAGAGAAAUGCAAUUAUUUUCAUAGUAAAAAACAAGCAAACAGACCAGUAACUGCUCAUACCUCAAGUUGUUUCUACAGUAAAUUUAAAAUGCACUUUUCAGAUUUCUACAUUUACAUUUGUAAAUAUCAUUGUUUAUACUGCUGUUACUGCUUCAUUUAUUGUAAAUACUGUACAGAGAUCUUAUUUUUUAUAAAAGUUAUAAAUACCUGGACAUAAUUAUUUAUUAAACAAAAAUAUUUGAUUAGCAUAGUUACUGUAUAACUAUUAUAAUCAUUUAUCUAUAAAACUAUUCACUUUUUAGUUAGGUCUUGAUUAACAGGGUCUAAGAAGUAGAUACGGUAUUACUAUCAUCAGAGCAAGGAUAGCAUAAGCAGUGGAAAUAUUCUGUAGUCUGGAAAGCCACAAAGCAGGAAAGUCCCUUAGUAUGUUGCCAUUUUUAAUUAAGCAAAAUGAAACUUAUUGUUGGCAAGUUCGUUUAUUAUACAUUUAUAGAGCCUUAGUCAGAAUUCCCUUGACAUGUACAACAUGGGGAUAGUUUUAGAACACAGACAAAAAAGGAACGUCUGUCCUAAGCCAGAUUGAAACUAGUUCUUUUUCACAUAAUAAUUGCCAAACCUCUCACUAACAUUAUUUGUUCACCUCAGACAUUGCAAGCUUUUGCUCUAGUUGAGCCAAUCAUUUAAAAACUAAAGGGUACACCUUAGGUCAUUUAUUGUGGAUACACGGGUGACUGUUGUCAAAGGUCUUUAGGUGUGAAGUGUUCAUCUCCACCAAGCAGGACACAACAGCAACCCAGAUUUUCACUGGCUAGAGGAGAAGAUCUGUAAAAAUAGUACAUUGCCCAAAUAAAUAAAAUCUUUCUGCGGGGUUUCAUUUUAUUUAGAUGCGAUAGAUGUUAAUUUAGAGACCAUGAACAAAUUAAUCAUACAUUUUAGGUCCAUAUUAAACCUAACUUGACUGUAAUAUCUAGUACUUUUAACAAUUUUAAUAAUUAUUUAAUUGACUAACUCAUUCUUGCAGAGAACUGAAUUAGUUCAAUACAUGUAACGGUUGCUAUGGGGCGAAUGGGUGUAAAUGCUAUGCAAUAGGAGUUUCCAUCCCUGUGUGUGUGGGCAUCUCUCUCUCUCUCUCUCUCUCUCUCUCUCUCUCUCUCUCUCUCUCUCUCUCUCUCUCUCUCUCUCUCUCUCUCUCUCUCUCUCUCUCUCUCUCUCUCUCUCUCUCUCUCUCUCUCUCUCUCUCUCUCUCUCCACUUACACCUCCUGCUCUCAUUUUACCAGCUCAUCUGAGGAAUGUGCAGCAGAGUUUGAGGGUUGUGGAAUGUAUCUAUUGUGUGCUGGGGUGGGGUUUUAGGGUUACAUGAGUGCCUUAUGUGAAACUCAACACAGCUGGAAAAUGCAGGAGAGCGGUUGACACGCGCCAGCUGUCCAGAGCUAAUAGCUAAGUAUUACUUUAUCUGUUACUCUGCAUCAGGGCUAACUCAUGGCUAACAAUGUGUUGUAUAAUUUUACCUGUAUGUUAAUAAUAAAGCCUGAUUACUGUGAUUUGAAAUUA